AUGCUUUGGGUUGGGGAGCGUACCCGGCAACUGGAUGGUGCCCAUAUAGAGUUCCUUAGGGGACUUUCCAAUCCUCUUGGAAUCAAGGUGAGCAACAAAAUGGAUCCAAAUGACCUAGUCAAGCUCAUUGAAAUCCUGAAUCCCCAUAACAAGCCAGGAAGGAUUACAAUAAUUGCAAGAAUGGGUGCCGAGAACAUGAGAGUUAAGCUUCCCCAUUUGAUCAGAGCUGUUCGCAGGGCUGGGCAAAUUGUGACCUGGGUCUGUGAUCCAAUGCACGGAAACACCAUACAGGCACCGUGUGGACUUAAAACACGUCCCUUUGAUGCAAUUUUGGCCGAGGUGCGGGCAUUCUUUGAUGUGCAUGAGCAAGAAGGGAGCCACCCUGGUGGAGUUCAUCUGGAGAUGACUGGCCAGAAUGUGACAGAGUGCAUUGGAGGGUCUCGAACAGUUACUUUUGAUGAUUUGAGCUCACGUUAUCACACUCACUGUGACCCAAGACUCAAUGCUUCUCAGUCUCUCGAACUAGCCUUCAUCAUUGCAGAGCGGCUUAGAAAGAGAAGAAUUGGAACUCAGCGUCUGCUUUCGUUGAGCCUUUAG